AUGGAUACUUACUGUGCUUAUUUCAAAGAAACGACACCUGAUAAAUAUCGUUUCUUGGAUUUUUACCAAUACCGCAGUAAACAAGAAGAUUUUACCUUCUCCUUUAAAAAGGAAGCUGACAAACUUCUGAAGGAUUUAAAGCUUAUAUUGGAAAUUGGCUCGGAAGAGAUCAAGAAAGGUGCUAUCAAGCUGAAGCAAAAUUUCGAGUAUGGGAGACUUCCAGUAGUCCCGAGAAGGGGUAAAACUCACACAAUUACGGUGGGCAUCUGCUUGUUGCCUGCUUUAUGGUCUGCUUGUCCGUUGUGGUCUGCUAUGCAGUAUGGGAGACUUCCAGUAGUCCCGAGAAGGGGUAAAACUCACACAACUACGGUGGGCAUCUGCUUGUUGCCCGCUUUAUGGUCUGCUCAUGUUGGAGCGUUUUGGAGUAAACUUGAAAACGAUCUUGCCGAUUUAGCAAUCGAAUCCAAAAGACAAGAAUUACGUUUAGCUGAGAUAGGUGCAGCCUGUUCCGUGAUGAAAAAUACUACAACGGUCCUUCAAACUGCUAUUGGUAGGGUUGACACAACACUGUCCGAUGCCACAUAUUAUACGCCGACACAUGUGCCGGUGCGUCAUAAUUUACCAACGGAAUUACUGGAAGAGAAAGUGAUCUAUGAAACUCCCGUAUAUAGGCAAUUUGAACCGAGUCCCUUCAUUUCCUAUUCACAAGGCAGAAAACAUGAGCGUGAGCCUGAAGAGGAAGACGAUACUGAAGAAGAAUACAAUGCGGACGAAACCAUUAUUGGAGGGGGGAAUGUUUCUUGGUGUUAUGACGUAAUUUUCUUCAAUGCCAAAGACAAAAAUGGUUUUCUAGAGACACUAGAAAAAGAUACGGUUCAACAAAUGCUUAAAGAUAUAAGCGAGGAAGAAAAAGAAACGCAAAAUGAACAGGAGAUCAAAUCGUUAUUAAGUAAAAUUAUUGUGCGUGAUAUUAACAAGGCUAAAAAUGCACUUCAACAAUAUAAAAAUUGCAAUAAUUCUUUUGAAAGAAUUUUCACACUGAAUUUCGUAGACCACAUGAUAAAGUUGAUUGAAGGGACAAAUUUGCUUUUAGAACCGAUAUCCGAGGGAACCUACAUCGUUAGUGUUCUAGGUCCAAUCUUGGAUCAAAUUUUUAUAAAACAUAAAGGGAAUUGGCGUACAAAAUACGGGGAGACUUGCCUUAAGGCAAGCGCUAAAGAAUGUAACGCUCAAAAGGAGGAUGAUAACCGCAGGUCUCCCGGAAAAAAAAUAGACGCAAUCAUUACUCUGAAAGAGGAAGACGAAGAAUUUUCUGUCAUUGAAGUCAGUGGGCCUCCGUUAAAAUCAGAUUGGACUCAUUUCAAAGGAGAUCGAAUGAAGAUCGUAAAAAUGCUGAAGACAUUAAUGAAUCGACUGGCAGAGCUUCGCCCGAAUUCAAAUAUUAGAAUGCUUAAACUUUACGCCAUGCAAUCGUAUUUAAAUCAGUUGACUAUCUAUGAAUUCCGUCUCAAAUAUGCUGAAGUGUACACAAUGGUGGAAGUAUUGAAAAUUCCCUUUCCGAAAUCAUGGAAAGAUAUGAAAGAGUCAUAUGAAAUAGUGACGGGUCUUUUAAAAUAUGAGCGUUUAUUAUCCGAAAGUUCGGAAUCCAUUCAAGAUUUUCUGUGGAGUGAUGAUAAUGAGAGCAAGACCUGUCAAAAAAUGACCACACGAAUCAUCUAUUCACAGCGCGAACUCGUUAAAGCUUUUAGUUCCAUUUUUUUGCAAAUUCAUCUCUUUCGAUUUUCAGGGCUUGAUUAG